UUAACAGGAACAAAUUCGAGACAGCAGAAAACCUUCCCACUGAUUGAUCCUUGGCCAAAAGGGAUGAAGGCUAUCCAGGAAAGGUAGAAGAAAUAGAUCGAGAUUCAGAUGGAGAGCUUACUGAUCCCGAGGACUCGCCCUCCUCUUCACCUUCUGCCACGGAUCGGCAGAAGCAGAAUCAGAAGCAGCAGCGGAGGCGGAAGCAGAGCAAGCACAAUAGCAACGGCAAGGACGAUUACGAGCACGGCGCCUGCGUGGCUGGCCGCUGCCGUCCUCUUCGCCUCCCUCGCCGCGCCAUCUCCGGCGCUCGACCCGCGGUACGACGUGCCGCAGACGCUUUCCGGGGAGGACAAGAAGGGGGCGAGGAUACAGCGGCCGAAGUCGAGGCUAGCGGAAAGAUGCGUGGGCAAGUGCGUCACCACCUGCAUUCUCGGCGGCGCCGGUUCGCCUGGCGCCGAAGGACCGCUCAAUGUGAGAAGGUACAAUCUUAAGCUUCUUUUCACGUCCUUGUCGAAUCAAAUCGUCAAGAAUCAAAUUCAUGCCAUUAUCCUCCGCACGCAGGCCUCUUGUUGUCUUCAAGAACGGAUUUCGCAGUCGUCAGUACUGUUUACUGGAGUGCUCCGAUAUCUGUAACUUGAUCAAGGACGGAGAAGAUGGCCCCUGAUGCUUUCCGGCCAGAAACAUAUUAGGAGAAGAGGAAGAGUUUUUUGUUUCCCUGAUCAUCAAUCCUUAACUCUUGUUCAAGCGCCAUAAGGAUUUCGAAGAUGAUGAAAGCAAGAAUACAGCCAGUUGUAAAUUGUUGUAUUUUCGAUGUUUAUCUCAUUAAUCACACGAGAAUUAACGAGCACUAUCGCCGCUGUUGCUCGCCAAAACUCGGCCUUUGCAGCGCCCAGUCGCUGCCGAUGAGAAUGUAUCCAGUGAUAGCAAAUAUAAAUCUUGGAAAUAUUCACUGUUUUAAUUUGA